CCAUCACCGACACCGCCGUGAAAUGCCAGCGCCGAAACCAUGUCCCGCAGCAAGCUGCCCUUCCGAUCGAGUUCCGUCAAGGCCAUGGGCUCCAGCCUCUUCUCCCGAAACCGUCGCGACGAUGCGCCAAAAGAUCUAAUGAAGCAAUCCGGCGAACCCAGACGUCGCCGGGCGUCGGUGUCCGUCGACGAGCGGCGGCCGCCUUCGGAGCUCCAGCGACCACCAUUAUCGAAAGACGCGAGGCCGCACCGGGACGAUCUUGACAAGUCGAUGGUGUCGUCGUCUAGCAGACGGAGAGACUCUGCAUCUCGGGCGUCUGUGUCGCCUCACUCGCGCCAGAGACCGUCUGGCUCUACUGGUGGUCACCACACUCGCCAAUCCCGAUCACCGCCCCGGCGUCGAUAUUCCUCGUCUGAAGUUCCCAGGCAUCACGAGAUGCCGCAGUCUCCGGUUCCCUCGCGAUCGCAUCGAAGCGACAGCCAUGAUCGUGAACGACGUGAUCGGCCGGGGCAUGGAGCAGCCGUCGCCGCUGGCGCACUACCGGUCUCUGCGCAUAAAUCUGAAUUGAGCGCGGCUUCAAGGGAGGCCAGGCAGGAGGCCCGACGAUAUCCGCCGUCAGCGUCAUCGAAUAAUAGGCCGCAGCCCAGUAGGAGAGGAAGCUCUCCCUACCAUAGGCCCUCUGCAGCGACCGAUAGGCACCGCUCAAAUUCCGUAGAUGGUUACAAUACGAACGGCCAUCUAAAUCCUCAGCACAGCUCUUCCCGGCCCCCCAGUUCGCCAUCACGCCGCACAAAACACGAGCGCAAAGGCUCGGACAGCUUUUUCAGCAAAUUCCCAACUUCAUUCGCCACAUAUGCCGGCAUUCGCGCACUCUCAGAACACGCAGACAAGGCCAAAGAAUGGGUCGAAUGGUUUAACAACGUCAACGAUGCCCCCGACGAGAUCCGCGCCCUCACUGCCAAGAUCUCAACCACGCGGGACACGAUUCAGCAGAUGAAGGAGUGCAUCGAGGCACGGCCGGACCUGAUCGAGGACGAAACCGGCCAGGUGCUCAAGUCUCACAUCGAGGACGCCAUUGACAGCACAAGUGAGACAUUGAAGAGGAUGACGAAAUUGCUGGCGGGCUUCUCCGGAGCUGCCAAGCAGGACGGCACGGCUCUUGGGCGCCUGGAGGGAUUCUGGCACUCGUACAACUAUAAGCACGAGGGCGAGGAGCAGAUCAAGGCGGCCGAUGCCGAGUUGCAGCAGCAGCUAUUGCAGCUGGGUACCCUCAUGUCAAACAUAUACGCUCGAGCGUUGAAGAGACCCUCACCCUCAUCAACAGGCACAGCCACACCAAAUGCACCAUCGCCCCCUCAGCAGAAAUCCAGGAUACACGUAAAUCCAGCACCAGAACCAUUUGUUCACGCCCCAAUGCAGCAACCACCAACUGCAGUACCGAAUCGACCUCCUCCAUCGCCAGAACUAUCUCCCAAGACCAAGGAACACUUUGAACCCCCCGUGAAUCCUCCAAAAGCCGCCGCAAACCCACCGACUCCUCCCCGUUCGGAGCCGUCCGUUGAGCAGCAACAGCCUGCGUCCCAUACCUCUACAGAUGCACCCACAGCAGAACCUGAUCAGUCAAAUACGCUCCCAAGUCCGAAAGAUAUCCUGCUAGACGCUGCGUGGGAGGGCGAUGUUCGAACCGUCGCCAACUGCAUGCGUCAAGCACCUCCCAACUCCUGCGAUCCUCACGGGUUAACACCUCUUCAUCUCGCCGUUGAGCGCGAUCAUAUGGCCGUCGCAAUGUACCUCCUCGACCACGGCGCAGACGUCCACGCUCGUGCUGACGGAGGCUGCAUGCCCCUUCACCUGGCUGCCCGCUAUGCAUCAGCCGCAACCGUCGAGAUGCUCAUCGAGCGCGGAAAAGCCGAUCCCAACUGCCUGACAACAGACGGAAGGACGCCCCUUCAUUACGCCGCUCGAUCUGCUGAGGACGGAGAUGCGGAGCGGCGAGAGGUGAUUCGCGCGUUGCGUGACCUGGGGGCAAAUCCUACUAUAAGGAACAGACGAGGAGAGUUGCCCAGAGACGUCGCUCAGAAAAGAGACUUCUGGGACGCGGCUGCGACGCUGAGCAGAGCGGAGUUGAAGUGGGAGCAGCAACAGCAGCAGAGACUGCGAGAGCAGCAAUUACAACUACAGAGACAGCAGCAGCUGCUGCAGCGAGAACAGCGGGAACAACGAGAACUGCAAGAACAGCAAAAUAAGCAGAACCUACAGAGGGACACGAGCGUGCGAGAGAAGGGGGCGAAAAAGGAGGGCAGCUGGCUCCAACGAUACGGACUCCGCAAAUAACGAAUCACGAACAUUGGAUGAUACACAUAAU